AUGAAGCUCUUCAGUCUGAGUGUGCUGUAUAAAGGGACCACCAAGUCUAACCUACUGAAAGCUGCCUACGACCUGUCAUCCUUCAGCUUCUUCCAGAAGUCCAGGUGGGGUUGGCUCUUUGUCUAUCUAUCUAUCUAUGGGCCAGUUUCCCUGGACACAGAUUAAGCCUAGUCAUGGACUAAAAAACACUUUAAAUUGAUCAUUUCCAUUGAACCUAUAGGAAUGUGAUUAGUCAGUGUUUGGGAAACCAGCCCUAUGCUUUAUGACAGGGGUGGCAGGCUUACCGUCCUUCUGUGGAGUAGAGCUACCCUAACCUCCCGCAGGACUUUGUUCCAUCCCCAGGAAUAUAAAUACACACAUUCUACUAAUUAGCUGAAUCAGGAAGUGUGUUCAUGUAGUGCUGGCACUAUUAGUUCUGCACACCCACUAGCUCUCUUGGAGAAGGGUUGGCCACACCUUGUUUAAACUAUAACAUAUGUCACGGUCUCUUUUAAAAAGUCAAUGAGUGGUGUCAUGUAGCUACUGGUCUCUGUCUGAUCUGCAAUGUUGCCCAGGUUUUCCCACUGCAACAUGAGUAUUAAAUAUAGAUAGUAUCUUUUGAGACUUACUUCAUCAUUUGUGUGUGGUUGUGUCUCAGUGUUCAGGAGUUCAUGACGUUCACCAGUGACCUCAUAGUGCAACGAUCAUCUAUAGGGAGCCGAGCCUCUGUCAAAGAACAAGGUUAGUGUGAGGACGACACACACAUAGGCAUACAUGCUCUCGCUCUUACACAUACACACCACACACAAUACCACCCACAUUCACUAACUCCACAUUAGCCCCCAUAGGUAUCUCAGAGACUGACUGUGUGUGUGUUCCCUCUCAGAGUACCUGUGUCACGUGUAUGUGAGGAAUGACUCCCUGGGUGCGGUGGUGAUUGCUGACGGAGAGUAUCCCUCUAGAGUGUGCUUCACCCUACUGGAUAAGGUAGGAGAGUAUCCCUCUAGAGCAGAGGGCUCCAACCUUUUCUAGCAUGAGAGCAACCUUUUUUAAAAUGUUGCAAGCUACUCCACUAUUUUAUUUUAUUUUUUAGCUUUCAAAUAGGCACAUUUUUCUCUUCUCCUCUACCCUGAAACUCUUCCCGGGUCCUUAGUGUACAAUAUAUGUUUUCUGUCAAUAUACCUUGUAAAAUAAUUGUUGAUAAACAACUCUAAGGGGUCCCAUAAAAUUAUGUUUUGUAUUUUCAAGAAUUCUGUUUUGUCUGGGGGGUUUUCUCAAUUUUUACUCUCAAUAUUACAAUUAUUCAUAGAGAAACAAUGUAAGUGGAUGUUCUGAGUCCAUGUCAAUGCUUAAAUCACAUCAGAAGACCAAUUUUGAGGCAUGAAAAACAAAUGAACAAAUGUAUAUUUUUGAGUGUAAUUCCCCUUUAGAAAGAGAGGAAUGUGUCAUCUAGUAAUGUUUCUGAUUGAAUUACUGCUGCAGCAUGUCAUGGCAGAAUUUGCUAAACAAUGGCCACCAAAUUGAUACAAAUAAUCAGGUCAGGUAAGCCUACUUUGCGGUUAACAUUUUAAUUGAGAAGGUUUUUGUGGAAAGUCUUUCUGUCUACCCACAAGACCGUUAUCAUUACUAGCAUCGCUAACUGGCUACAUAAGGAGUGAUAGACAAACGGGCGCACCAAACAGACAGACCGGGGAAAUACUGCUGAAAAUUAAUUGGCAGAUAUUGUGUUUCUUUUGGCCUUUUAAGCCAAUAGUGGCUAACCAGGGGUGGGACAAUGUCAAUGUGGUUUUGAUUGGAUAGUAGCCGGGAGCUCUAUGUUUGACAGUUUGCGAUGGAACACAUGGGGAAAAAAUGCAUGUAGCCUACUUUCAGAAUUGCUUGGCGAGCUACUCAUAGGUGGGCUGCGAGCUACUGGUAGCUCGCCAUUUACCUGUUGGAGACUCCUUCUCUGGAGUGUGAUUUUUACACACUGUCUCAGAAAGGCUUAGUAUGGACUUAAUGUUCAGCUUGAAGGAGACUUAUUGUGCUAUUCAUGUGAUCUGCCUUACAUUCAGACCCAUUUACUGAGGAGUGGAGAAUAGGAGAACUAGAUAGGUUUAUGCAUUGCCUAUGUUAGGGGCGUUAGUCAUGGAUUGCUAGUCGUGAAAUAUUACUGCCUCUGUGGAUUUGCCAUCUGUCUUUUUGAAAUUCAAUUUAGAAAUUCAGAGGUUUGAUUGAUGCAUGUAUCCUGCUUAGGAUGAGUCCUCAGUCCUGACUACUCUCUCCUCCUCUCUCCUCCCUUCUCCUUCUCUCUCCUCCCCUCUCCUUCUCUCGCCUCCCCUCUCCUUCUCUCUCCUCCCUUCUCCUUCUCUCUCCUCCCUUCUCCUUCUCUCUCCUCCCUUCUCCUUCUCUCUCCUCCCCUCUCCUUCCUCUCUCCUCCCUUCUCCUUCUCUCUCCUCCCUUCUCCUUCUCUCUCCUCCCCUUCUCCUUCUCUCUCCUCCCUUCUCCUUCUCUCUCCUCCCCUCUCCUUCUCUCUCCUCCCCUCUCCUUCUCUCACCUCCCCUCUCCUUCUCUCACCUCCGCACCCCUCGUCUUCUCUCUACUCCUCCUCACCCUUCUCCUUCUCUCUACUCCUCACCCCUCUUCUCUCUCCUCCUCCUCACCCCUCUCCUUCUCCUCCUCCUCACCCCUCUCCUUCUCUCUACUCUUCCUCACCCCUCUCCUGUCUACUCUUUCCUUACUAUCCUCCCCUCUCCUUCUCUCCUCCCCUCCUUCUCUCCUCUCCUCUCCUCUCUUUAAGGUGCUGGAGGAAUUUUCCAGACAGGUGAGCAGUAUAGACUGGCCCUCUGGUUCUCCUGCCACUGUCCACUAUACUGCCCUGGACAGCUACCUCGCCAAGUACCAGGUAACACACACAAUCCCUCUCACAGGUUCAUCAGAAUUGAUUUAUUUACAUUUUUAUUUGCAUAAAAAUGCAUUAAUGUUACACACUAUUGAACUGAUCAGGAAGUGUGUUCCAUAGAUGGACUCCUUAUAACAGCAAGUGUUGCAAUGUGUGGUUUUGUUUUUGCGUUAACUAAACCCUGAUUAUUUGUCUGUAGAAUCCUCGGGAGGCGGACGCAAUGAGUAAAGUACAAGCUGAGCUGGACGAAACCAAAAUCAUUCUGGUGAGUUGAGUUCUCACAUUGCGUGUGCAUGCAUGUGUGUGUGCGUGAGUGUUUGCGUUUGUGUGUGUGUGAUGUAUUUUUCAUUAGGCCUAAUUGAUAUUGCUGGAAAUCUUAGACUGUGGUUUUAAUGAAAGUGAUUUUAAAAAGCCUUCAAUAUGGAAAAUAAUUGUUUUGGUUGAGGCAACAAAAUGUUAAUAACAAAAUGUAACAUUAAUUUUCCUUAGAUUUAAUUAAAGUGUAAGAACAUUUUCUGAUACAAACAUGAAGUGUUCUGGAAUAAGGAGCCUUUCUACAGACAGAACCGCUUUGAUGACAGACAGUUGAGUAACUGAAAUGUGUCAUGAUUCUACAAUAAAUGCCUAUGGAGUCUUUUUGAAAUGCACUCGCAUAUCUUCAUCCAAAGGUAGUAUCCCAAGACAUAUCCAAAAGUAAUUUGAUGUAAGAAAACUCCUGCACACAGCACUUGCCAACAGCAAGCCAAAAGCAUCUCUUUGCCAACAGCAAUACUCUUCAAUGUUUACCAAAUGCAUUGAUUCAUUCAUUAUAUCUUAUUUGAACAAGAGCAGUCACAUGAGGGCUAUGUCCUCCUACUCGACCCAGUAACUGGGAUAAAGGUUAUGGAACAUCCAGAUAGAAGUAUAUUGAAUAGAACAGACAUGCUAACCUGUUUUGUAGAGUAAGAAAUCCUGUCAGCUCUAAAAUUAUGUUUCUAUGUGCACCGUUCAACACGUUGCACCCUUCUAAAUGUGACUCGGAUGUCCGUUGGAAUCUACUGGUUGGAACAUAUUUUACUCCAAGGGAACUGUCUUGAGUUCUUCUCACUUUUAUGAACAGUACUUUUGUGAUUUUUAAGUAAAUCAUACUCAAGCAUCUGCCACAGGCGUUGCACCCAUAAGGUUUCUCUGCUGGUGCCAUUUUAAGUUUGCUGCGGUGUUACUACAUUUUCCAGAUUUUUCUCCCCUGUGUGAGAAAUAUGCCCUUCUCAGAUUUGCCUUCUCAGAUUUAACUCCUGGUUGAAACAUUUCCCACAAUCUUUGCACGUUUGUUGUUUCUCUCCUGUGUGAAUUAUCAUAUGUCUGGUAAGAUGUGUCUUAGAGAUGAAGCAUUUGACACAUUUUUACAUUGAUAUGAUUUCUUCCCUGUGUGAAUAAUCAUGAGCGUUCAGGUGUUCCUCACGGUAGAAGCAUUUCCCACAUUCUUGACACCUAUAUGAUUCUCUCUCUCUCUCUACUGCUCCUGCUGUCUCAACCUCUGAAUGCUUGGCUAUGAAAAGACAACUGACAUUUACUCCUGAGGUGCUGACCUGUUGCAUCCUCUAUAACCAUUGUGAUUAUUAUUUGACCCCGCUGGUCAUCUGUGAACGUUUGAACAACGAUCUGGCUUUAAUGGCCAUGUACUCUUAUAAUCUCCACCGGGCAAAGCCAGAAGAGGACUGGCCACCCCUCAGAGCCUGGUUCCUCUCUAGGUUUCUUCCUAGGUUCCUGCUUUUCUAGGGAGUUUUUCCCUAGCCACCGUGCUUUUACAGUGGCUUGCAAAAGUAUUCACCCCCCCUUGGCAUUUUCCCUAUUUUGUUGCGUUACAACCUGGAAUUUAAAUGGAUUUUUAGGUGGUUUGUAUCAUUUGAUUUACACAACAUGCCUACCACUUUGAAGAUGCAAAAUAUUUUUUGGUGUGAAACAAACUAGAAAUAAGACAAAAAAACAGAAACUAUUCACCCCCCCCCCAAAGUCAAUACUUUGUAGAGCCAUCUUUUGCAGCAAUUACAGCUGCAAGUCCAUUUUACAAGGCAAAACUGCUCCAGCUCCUUCAAGUUGGAUGGGUUCCGCUGGUGUACAGCAAUCUUUAAGUCAUACCACAUAUUCUCAAUUGGAUUGAGGUCUGGGCUUUAACUAGGCCAUUCCAAGACAUUUAAAUGUUUCCCCUUAAACCACCCGGGUGUUGCUUUAGCAGUAUGCUUAGGGUCAUUGUCUUGCUGGAAGGUGAACCUCCAUCCCAGUCUCAAAUCUCUGGAAGACUGAAACAGGUUUCCCUCAAGAAUUUCCCUGUAUUUAGCACCAUCCAUCAUUCCUUCAAUUCUGACCAGUUUCCCAGUCCCUGCCGAUGGAAAAACAUCCCCACAGCAUGAUGCUGCCACCACCAUGCUUCACUGUGGGGAUGGUGUUCUCGGGGUGAUGAGAGGUGUUGGGUUUGCGCCAGACAUAGCGUUUUUCUUGAUGGCCAAAAAGCUCAAUUUUAGUCUCAUCUGACCAGAGUACCUUCUUCCCUAUGUUUGGGAGUCUCCCACAUGCUUUUUGGCGAACACCAAACGUUUUUGCGUAUUUUUUUCUUUAAGCAAUGGCUUUUUUCUGGCCACUCUUCCGUAAAGCCCAGCUCUGUGGAGUGUACAACUUAAAGUGGUCCUAUGGACAGACACUUCAAUCUCCGCUGUGGAGCUUUGCAGCUCCUUCAGGGUUAUCUUUGGUAUCUUUGUUGCCUCUUUGAUUAAUGCCCUCCUUGCCUGGUCCGUGAGUUUUGGUGGGCGGCCCUCUCUUGGCAGGUUUGUUGUGGUGCCAAUUUUUUUAUAAUGGAUUUAAUGGUGCUCCGUGGGAUGUUAAACGUUUUGGAUAUUAUUUUAUAACCCAACCCUGAUCUGUACUUCUCCACAACUUUGUCCCUGACCUGUUUGGAGAGCUCCUUGGUCUUCAUGGUGCCGCUUGCUUGGUGGUGCCCCUUGCUUAGUGGUGUUGCAGACUCUGGGGCCUUUCAGAGCAGGUGUGUGUGUAUAUACUGAGAUCAUGUGACAGAUCAUGUGAUACUUAGAUUGCACACAGGUGGACUUUAUUUAACUAAUUAUGUGACUUCUGGAAGUAAUUGGUUGCACCAGAUCUUAUUUAGGGGCUUCAUAGCAAAGGGGGGUAUACAUAUGCACGCACCACUUUUUCGUUAUUUAUUUUUUAGAAUUUUUUUAAACAAGGUUUUUUUUUUUUUUUCACUUCACCAAUUUGGACUAUUUUGUGUAUGUCCAUUACAUGAAAUCCAAAUAAAUAUCAAUUUAAAUUACAGGUUGUAAUGCAACAAAAUAGGAAAAACGCCAAGGGGGAUGAAUACUUUUGCAAGGCACUGUACAUCUGCAUUGCUUGCUGUUUGGGAUUUUAGGCUGGGUUGCUGUAUAAACACUGUGACAUCUGCUGAUGUAAAAAGGCUUUAUAAAUAAAUGUGAUUGAUUGAUAUGCCUGAUCAGAGCUGAAUUAUGUUUGACGCAUUUGCCACAUUCUUUACAUUGAUAUGGUUUCUCCCCUCUGUGACAUCUGAUAUGGAUAAUCAGAUCUGACUUUUGGAUGAAACUAUUUGUUGCUACGAUGUCUCAAACAGUAAUAUUGUCGCUUUUUUCUAGUUUGUUAACCUAAGGUCUUUAAAGGGAGAAUGCGAGGUAAAGAUGUUCGCUUCGCCAAGCCGAGUUGUGCUAGGAGCAAACCGAACCUAAUAUGUGGACGCCUUUGGUCAGUAUUUACUUACGGUAUAAACAUUUGUCACAUUCUUGGCACCUACACUGAAUAUACCAAACAUUAGGAACACCUUCCUAAUAUUGAGUUGCACCCCCCCUUUUGCCCUCACAAGAGCCUCAAUUCGUCAGGGCAUGGACUCCACAAGGUGUCGAAAGCAUUCCACAGGGAUGCUGGCCCAUGUUGACUCCAAUGCUUCCCACAGUUGUGUCAAGUUGGUUGGAUGUCCUUUGGGUGGUGGACCAUUCUUGAUACACACGGGAAACUGUUGAGCGUUAAAAAAACAGCAGCGUCGCAGUUCUUGACACAAACCGGUGCGCCUGGCACCAGUUACCAUACCCCGUUCAAAGGCACUUAAAUAUUUUUCUUGCCCGUUCACCCUCUGAAUGGCACACAUACACAACCCAUGUUUCAGUUGUCGCAAGGCUUAAAAAUCCUUCUUGAACCUGUCUCCUCCCCUUCAUCUACACUGAUUGAAGUGGAUUUAACAGGUGAUAUCAAUAAGGUAUCAUAGCUUUCACCUGUCAGUCUAUGUCAUGGAAAGAGCAUGUUUUGUGUACUCCGUGUAUUUCUUCCUACUUUAACCAUGGAGAAUGUUUUUUAAAUGCUCCUGAGCACAAUUUAAUCAGGCGCUCUAGUGUAGAGUGUCUAUAGGGUCUGUGCAGUAGGCUGAACGUUUGACGUCCCUACUCUCUAUGAUGUGUUAUAACCCUAUCCUCAACCACAACCACAUCUCAUGGAAAGAACAGAAAGAAAGAACAGGUGUCCUUAAUAUUUUGUAUACUCUGUGUAUAUUUAAAUAAAUCCAAAUAAAUAAAUACAAUUUUAUAUAUAUAUAUAUAUAUAUAUAUAAUCAAUCAAAUGGUGUAUAUGGUUUCAACCCUUUGAAUCAUCACAUACAUUUUACAUUUUACAUUUUAGUCAUUUAGCAGACGCUCUUAUCCAGAGCGACUUACAGGAGCAAUUAGGGUUAAGUGCCUUGCUUAAGGGCACAUCGACAGAUUUUUCACCUAGUCGGCUCGGGGAUUAGAACCAGCGACAUGCCUGGUCAGAUCUGAUUUGGAUGAAACAAUUCCCACAAUCUUUGUACUUUAUAUGGCUUCUCCUUUGUGUGAAUCAUCAUAUGUAUGGCCAGAUGUGUCAUAGAGAUGAAGCACUAUACAUUAUUUGCAUUAUUAUGGUUUCUUCCCCAUAUGUCUUUUCAGUUUAUAAUCCGGAGAGAAACAUUUGCCAUGAACAUGACAGAAACGUUUAGUUUCAGCUUUAGUGUGAGUUUCCAGGUGAUCUAUCAAACUCGCUGUGGACUCCAGGUCUGUCCCACGCACACCACAGAGAUGUUCAUUAUGCUUUAUGUGUUUUGUUUGCACAUGAAAAGUUAAAUGACGCAGUGAAGUACAAUUAUUUUAUACACCUUGCAUCAAUGAGAAGCAGCAUGGCUUUGACGAGGGGAUUUGAAAUAGGACAACUUUGGGUUUAUCCUGUCUCCAGCACUAUGGUAGCUUGGUCCUUUCUUUGCCUGUGUUCUCCUUGAAUUGAGUGGCUUCAACCCUGACAGUAGUCCUCCACUCUCUACCCGAUCCCAUCAACACUUUCAGUGGGUUCACUCUGCUGCAGAACAGUCUGGAUUUACUGCAGAGAGAGGCUGAGGGUCACUGGUUGGUUCUGAUGCCAUGUAGUCCUCUCCAUCAGGUUCUGUUUUUGAUCUCUUCAGUUGAGGUGCUGGAUAGAGAGUAUUUCUCUCUGUUUCUACAUUUUGGGUUAUGCUUCUCACACAAGAGAUCCUGAAUAUAUGUCACACUCCUUAGGUUGAAGCUGCUCUUCCUCCUGACUGGUUCUGAGUUCCUCCUGUUCCUCUUUAAUCUGUGUGGACUCUGGGUCAUCCUGCCCCAGACUGGGGCUACACUCCUGCUCACAGGGCUAGUGCUCAGGGGAACCUCCUCUUCAGAGACUGGGAGAGUGAGCUGCUGGGGGUCUAAAGACAGGAAAUAUAGGUUGCCUACAACCCAAAAAAUAUUUGGAGAUAUUGCAGUCAGCCUUUUUGUAUCCAUAGUUAUCUAUACCCUGAGAUUCAAUAGGAAAUGGUAGAAGAUUCAAUGGUACUAGCUACCUAGCUAGCCACAUUAGCUAGUUAGCUAGCUAAUUGGUUAGGGGCAAAUCCACGGUAACGGAAUUACGCAGAGACUCUGAUUUUUCACUUUAAAAUGUAAGCCAAAAAAAACCCAUUGAUUUCAAAGUUUUUAAAAACCAUACAACUCUAUGCACAAUGACUACUUCGAACAAUUUACACACACAAACAACAUUUACUGGAAAAACUGUACAGAUGCAAAGUUUGUUAACAGAAUUACGGUAGAAUCUCCCUCAGUUUUGUUCUGUUACCAAACUUUGUACCGGCACAGUUCUUUCUGUAAAUGUGUUUUCGUAAGAUUUUCGGUGGAAAUUGUUAAAAGUAGUCCUUGUGCAUGGAUUUCUAUGGUUUGUUCAACUUUUAAAUGAAUGGUUUUUGUUUGGUAUACAUUUUUAAGUAAAAGAUCUGAGUCUCCGUUACCAUGGAAUUGUCCUUAGCUAACGUUAGGUAAACGGUUGCAGAUAUUCUAUAACAUCAAUUUACAGGGUUGGGGAGUAACGGAUUACAUGUAACUGAUUACAAAAAACUGUUGUCUGCUACAUUACCAGCUAAAAAUAUUGUAAUCAGAUUACAGAUACUUUAGAAAAACUAGAUGAUUACUUUUAAAUUCAGAAAGGAUGUUUGCGGAAAAAUUAUUUGACACCUUUCGGUUUUCUCAGUGACAUUCAAAUCAGCAUUGAAAAGGUGCAAGUUUAAGUUUGUUCCGCCUUAGCGAGUCUGUCCACAAGUCAGAGACCGUUAUGAUGACACACCAAAUGCGUUUGAUGGAUCUCGAGAAAAGAGCAGGAAUAAGCUUUUGUAGGCUACAGUCCAAGCUAUGUCUUCAAAUGGUGCGACUGCUGUUGGCAUCCAAAGAUGAUCCACGUUGAAUUAACGCUUGGAGGUGGUGUAGCCUACGGGCGAUACGGAUAUCACUUAUUAUUGAUAUCUACCUAGCGCAUUGAUGUGACUCACACUGCUGCUCUCAUUUAGCUAUUGCGCCUUAUGGAAUGUGGUUGUUGUGGAUGGCUGUUCACAAACUUAUGUGUAAAUGUGUCCACUCCUGAACUAAAGGGGCUGAAUACUAAUGCAACUACUAUUUUAGUUGGGCAUUUCUUAUUUAUCUUUAAAAAUAUUUUUUUUAACUUCCACUUUGACAUUAAAGAGUAUUUUGUGUAGAUUGUUGACAAAAAACUAUGACAAUGAAAUCUAUUGUAACCCAACUUUGUAACACACCAUAAAAUGUGAAGAAUUCCAAGGGGUCUGAAUACUUUUGCAAGGCACUGUAACUAUAAAGUGGGUAAAACAGGGCAAUGCUGAAUUUCUUCAGCCUCCUGAGUUUGAAGAGGCGCUGUUGCGCCUUCUUCCCCACGGUGUCAGUGUGGUGGGAUCAUUUCAGGUCCUUGGUGAUGUGCAUGCCAAGGAACUUGAAGCUUUUGACCCUCUCCACUGCGGCCCUGUCGAUGUGGAUGGGGGCGUGCUCUCUCUGCUGUCUCCUGUAGUUCAUGAUCAGCAGUUUUCGUUUAGUUGACGUUGAGGUUAUUUCCCCGGCACCACUCCACCAGGGCCUGUAGGCUGUCUCGUCAUUGUUGGUUAUCAGGCCUACCACUGUUGUGUCAUCAGCAAACAGGAAGUACAGGAGGGGGCUGAGCACAACCCAGAAAGUAAAUUGCAACAUCCAUUUAUGGCCAGCAAUGUGAACUCGAACAUUGAUUUAUCUGGCAAUAGAUGUCGGUCAAUUGGUAAUAUUCAUUUUUGUCUUCUUCUAAUGCAUCUUUAGGGGAAAGUAAUCUAAAAGUAACCAGAUUACGUUACUGGGUUUAGGUAAACUAGUUUUGGAAUUGUAAUUUAACUCUAACGGAUUAAAUUUAGAAAGUAAUCUACCCAACCCUGUCAAUUUAUCAUCUGAUUUAUGUGAUAUCUAGCUAGUUGAUACAAACCUGCUCUGUAACUUUAUCUCUGGUUUGAAAACCAAAUCUAGUAGCCUCUGUAGACGGCCAUUCUCCUCUUUGGAACUGACAUUUCUUCCUGGUACUUUACUAACGUUUUUUCCACGGCCUCGGAUAUCUCCGCAGCAGCCGCUGUUAGUCGUUCAGUAAGAUACACAUUCAACAGCUGUAGUUUGGUCAUUUUGAGUGGAGUUCAAAGUUGAGCGGUUCGUAUUACCACAGAGUUUGGUAUUACAGUGGUUUCUCUGCUACAAACAUCUCGCAUGGGGCAAUAUUUCCCACAAUCUGCAUGCCUUAUCCACCCCAUUCCUGUUUCCGAUUGUGGCACACCACUUUUUUGUCUUCAACUUAGGCACAGGUUUCAACCAAAACCCAUCAUGUGGCUACACUGUUAUUUAGCUAAUAAGCUAUGAUGCAGUCUUGUUACGAAACUGAUUAGGCAACCUACUGUUAACACUGUACUUGCUAAGUCUAGGGGUCCUAGGCUUGCCUAAUGGUUCUGUAAUCUGAAUGAAUUUGUGCAUAAAUGUGAGAAGAAAAAGAAACAAAAGAUUCAUGGCACCAAGAAAAAACAGCAGCCUCACGGCUCAGCAAGCCAUGUGUUCCACUUCUACCCACCAUUUGUCAUGUCAAUAACAAUAAGUUGUUUACCAAUGGUGUAGUGAACAUGUCAAUUUUGUCAAUCUAUCCCUUUUUAACGAGUCCUCCACCUCAUCUCCUCUGCAGCACAACACUAUGGAAAGUCUGUUGGAGAGAGGAGAGAAGCUGGAUGAUCUGGUCCAGAAGUCUGAACACCUGGGGAACCAGUCUAAAGCCUUCUACAAGACAGUGAGAAACACAUUGGAACACACACACACACACACAGGAAUUCAUGAGAGGACGUACAGUAUGAUUACAUGAGCAAUCUAAUACUGUGUGUGUUCUCCCCAGGCGCGGAAGCAGAACUCUUGCUGUGAGGUCAUGUGA